AUGGUACGGCUGUUUGGCCGAUACAAGAACUGGGGAAACAUCCCCAAGUUCUUUAACAUGCGAAAAUACACGUGGUGCAUUCGGCAAUGGGGCAUGACUGACUUGACAACGACGGGCCCCAAGGAGAGCUUUGUGAAGACUGUGCGUAAAGCAUGGGAAUUUACAAACAAGCAUCCUGACACCGUAGAUAAGCAGGCAAAUGAAGCAGCCUGGGGCAUGGAGGGUGCAAAGUACCUGCAGCAGUGCCUUACAGAGCAGCUGGUGGCUGCCUGGGGGGUGUCUGCACAGGAUCUGGAUCAUGCCAAG